AUGAGCCAUAUAAGUGAGCUCAUCGUCGUCGACGAUGAGCUCGCAUGUUGCUAUACACCGGGUAUAGCUGGGUAUAUAGCCGGCAAGAAAAUACCUUACAAGUCACUGGUAAAUGCUGCGGAAAUCGCUGAAGUCUUGUGUGAUGAUCCCCCUCAGAAGAAACCCUUGGGAUGGCUGAAGAAAAGUCAUCCAGAACCUGCCGGUGAUUUGGGGAGAGAGACAAGAGGGCAGCCAAUAAUUAAUGCAUCUCAUGGACCAUUCUCGCGGUUGGUUCCCAAGUUACUCAGCAGGGCGAACAACCAUUCUGCUCAAAGCGCUCGACAGUCUCCGAACCUUGAACUUACAACUGCAACUUUCAAUGCGCAGGAUCUCCUAUGCUCUCAGACAAGCCAGGAAAACACUCCCCAGACAAAUUUACAGAAAAAUGCUACAUUAGAACUGAUCCUGCAUCAUUAUGUCUAA